UCGCUGCAAUAACAUAAAUUUCUUCUCUAGACAAGGUUAUUGUGUGUGUUUGGCGAAAAUAUAUAUUUCGAUCUUAAAAAUAUAAAAUAAAUAGAUAAAAGUAUCAAAAUGUCGGCCACGGAUCAAAUGAGGGCAAUGCUUGAUCAGUUAAUGGGCACAACUCGGAAUGGAGAUGAUGGACGCGGUCUUAAAUUUUCUGAUGCCCGUGUGUGUAAAAGUUUUUUGCUAGAUUGUUGUCCCCAUGAUAUUCUUGCUUCAACUCGCAUGGAUCUUGGAGAGUGUCCAAAAGUUCAUGAUUUGGCAUUUAGAGCUGAUUAUGAAAGCGCAGCCAAAUCGCAUGACUUUUACUAUGACAUAGAGGCGAUGGAGCAUUUACAGGCUUUUAUUGCCGAUUGUGACCGUCGCACAGAAUCUGCUAAACAGCGACUUAAGGAAACACAAGAGGAAUUAACUGCUGAGGUGGCUGAAAAAGCAAAUGCAGUACAUGCAUUAGCUGAAGAAAUCGGCAAAAAACUGGCUAAAGCCGAAGCGCUCGGGGAAGCUGGAGAAGUCGAAGAAAGUAUGUCUUUGAUGAAGGAAAUAGAUGAAUUGCGAACUAAAAAAAUUAAAGCAGAACACGAGUAUCGUACAUCAAUGCCUGCAUCAACGUAUCAACAGCAAAAGUUGCGUGUAUGUGAGGUUUGUUCUGCUUACUUAGGUAUUCAUGAUAACGAUAUUCGACUAGCUGACCACUUCGGUGGUAAGUUGCAUUUGGGAUUCCUUACUAUUCGUGAAAAGUUGGUAGAAUUGGAAAAAACUGCAGGUCCACGUAAAGCAGAACUUAAACGAAGCGGAAAAAUUAAUGAACGCGGUGAUGAUAGACAAAGAUCGCGAUAUUUUGUAGGUGGUCGUGAAUUAGAUCGACGUUCUCGUGUACAUAGGUCCAGAUCUAGAGACCGAGCACGCCGUAACGAACGUGGAGGUGGAGCAAGUAGUUCUGAUAAUAGAUCAGAGAGACGAUCAGAAAAGGACAAAGAAAGGGAAAGAGAUCGUGACCGACGAGUAAAUGCUGCUUCUCCUGUGAGGGAAGAAAGAAAACGGUCAAGAUCACGAUCGCGUGCACAUAACUACAGUUCUAGACGGAGGUCACAUUCGCGGGAACGUCAUCGUCGUUAAAAACAGAUUUUGUUGAAAACGGAAUUACAUCUGUAUCCUACAACAUCAUCAUAUGAUUUAAAUGUGUACAUGACGAUUCCGGUAGCACAAAAAUAUCAUAAACCGCCAUUGUUCAGAUUUUGGUAUGUAAAAACUUACUGCUUAUAAAAUAAAAUAUAAGUACGAAAAUAGUAAACUUAUCUAGGUAAACUAAUGACUGACCAGAACAGUAAGCUGAGUGGACUAUUUCAGACCCAGGUGUCACGAAAGAGCGUGGUCUUAUGAUUUCAGUACUUAUGGUUCACAAAUUCACAUUCUAGUUAAAAUGAUUUGUCUUGGUACAUAUUUUACUGAUGCAUUGUCACCGGCUACCUAAUUGAACUUAAACCAAAUUCAACAUAGUAUCCUCUUUCCUGGGAAUUUGGCCCCCAUCUAUGAAAUAUUAAUAUGGUUGGGAAAUGAAAUACCUGUCUUAUUGCGUAUAGAGUUUUUAACAACCUGUGGAUAAGAAAAUUCUAAUAAAUGUUACAAUUCAAUUGGCCCUGGUAUGUAUUUAAGAGACGUAAAAGAUAUAUUUAGUAGUUUUAAUUGAAGAAAGCAAGAUAAUAUAAUUGGAUGCCUAAAACCCAGUUGAUUACCUAGAUGACAAAAUAUAAGUAUUUUUAUUCAUAAAUCAUCACAAUGGAACAAUUUUUGAUGUGAGUAAAUAUAGAAAGACAAAAUGAAAAUGGUAAGCUUGUCCACAUACAGAUAUAUUAAACACAGGAAAUUAAUAUCCAGUUUAUUACAAAAUUUAUGAGCAAUUAUCUUGGCAGUUUUAAGUCGAUAACUUCCGUGACAAAUAUAAGUCUGUAUGCAAUAUGAUAUAUACCCAUUCGAAUACUGCUGAAUUCAUUGUACAGAAAAUGUUGUGGUUUUGCUUAAGGAAAAACAAAGAAGAAGUACUUAGAUGACCAACAUCCUGCGGAUACACACAACUAUUUAAAAAAUAUACAUCCCAUCAAAUUUAAUACGUGAUUUACCAGUGAUUCAAUAAUGAAAUCAUUGGAAUCAAGUAUUAAGUAAAUAAAUUUCUUAUAUAUAUUACUUAUAGCUCAGUUACCGGGCGUCGUGGCAUCUAUUUGAUUGUUAAGAGUGUUAAUAAUUUCCAUAAAUAAAUUAUAAAAAAAUUAAUGAAUUUAAAUUAUAUCUGCUCAUUUACGAAAGUAAAAUAUGGCAACCAUGAAGACUUGCAAGAGCUAUUAGCUGGCACGGUUUCACUGAAAACUACGAACUGUUGCUUUAUUUUCUAUUCUUGCCAUAUUAGGCCAAUUCACCUAAAACUUUUGCUUCGCUUUGCGUUAGACAUUUGCUUUGAAAGAAAUGUUUGAAGUACACUUUUGAAUUGUUUUAUGUACAUUCGCACAAAAAGUUUUCGAAGCGAAGCAAAAUAUAAGGCAACAGUCAUCUUUUUUCGCCAAGCAAAUGUUGCCAUAUUCAUCAAAGAAAAACACUGGGAACAAAGCGUUUAUUGUUUUAGUAUUAUUGUCGCUCAAAGCGAGGAAUGUUAGGGUGACAAUAUCAACAUAAAUACCAGAAUUGCUUACUACGCUGCAAUGCCUCAGUUAGUGACUGACGCAAGACCGCGGAACCAGCUGAAUCGACCUAUCUUAAGGGAAUACAAUUUAAAUGAAUAGUUAUCACCGCUUCUGCGGUCCGUGUACGUGGAGUGAGCUGAUUGUUCGCUUACAACAUAGGGCCGCUAUUUUAGAUAUUUUGACUUAAAUUUUUUUGAAACGUUCUUAAAGUAACUCAUAGUCAGAGUCGAAUUCAUAUUAUUAUUCAUAAAUAGAUUAAGUCAGUCUG